AUGGCGGGCAGGCGCAAUCUUCUCUCUCUGGCCUACCGAGCCAGCAAUCACUCAACUCGAACGCCAACCGGGACCUCAUUUCUCGACUCGGUCCUCCCUGCAUCCAGGAGAUCAAAGAGCACAUCCACUUCCGCUCUGGCAUAUAAGGCUCUCCACAGACGGUCACCCCUUCCUCUUCCCGUAUCAGACACCUCUCCACAGUAUGGCGCCGCAGCUGCCGUGUCGUCUAUCCUGUACGAAACGCCGGUGGCUUCCACGGCGCCGCCCAAGAAGCACGUCUUGAACUGCCUGGUACAGAAUGAGCCUGGUGUCUUGUCCCGCGUGUCCGGAAUUCUGGCAGCGAGAGGUUUCAAUAUCGACUCUUUGGUCGUCUGCAACACUGAGGUCGAGGACCUUAGUCGAAUGACCAUCGUGUUGAAAGGCCAGGAUGGCGUUGUUGAACAGGCCAGAAGACAACUGGAGGACUUGGUACCAGUAUGGGCUGUGUUGGAUUACACAUCGGCUGCUUUGGUUCAGCGCGAACUGCUCCUCGCUAAAAUCUCGAUUCUGGGCCCUGAGGUCUAUGAAGAGCUGAUGGAGCACCAUCGCGAGAUGACCAGCCCCGAAUCGGAACGUACUGCAGAAGAUCUGGAGGACGCCGAGGAGAACGCGGACAAAAGGCUGCAGGAGCUAGAAGAGAACAAGCCCGAAGAAUCCAGCCUCGUACAACGAGCCAAGGAAAUGCUCGGCCAGGGUGACAGCUAUCACCCUAGCCGACUUGCAGCCAGUCAAGCCCUCAGACAUAAACAUGAACAUCUUGAGGCCAUUACACAUCUCACCCAUCAGUUCGGCGGCAAAGUUCUGGAUAUCAGCACGAACAACUGCAUCGUCGAAGUCUCCGCGAAGCCUAGCCGUAUCGACUCAUUUAUGAAGCUAAUCGCCCCAUUCGGCAUUCUGGAGUCAACGAGAACGGGGUUGAUGGCACUUCCCCGGUCACCCCUCUAUGAUCCGAAUGAAGAGCUUGUGCGUGACGCUGACGACGUGGUGGAUGCGAGCACCCUUCCCCCCGGUUAA